CUUGCGACCUUCCAYCUUCACACUCCUAAAAAUGAGUCGACUUCCGAGGYCAUCARUGARAACAAMCUUGGGACYACAUUCAAUUCAACCCUAAAACUGACCUUCAUAAUCCACGGUUACAUGCAAACCGGCAACGAAGGAUGGAUAAAAAACAUGCGAAAACAACUUAUGAAGAGAACCGAAAUGAACAUCAUAGUGGUGGACUGGGGACGAGGGUCUGGUAUAUUGUACUCAACCGCUGUCCAAAACACCCGCAUAGUCGGCUCAGACAUGAUUGGAUCCAGCCAGACCAAGUUUUGAUCACAAUGACACAAGAAGUAGACUGGACCCAAGUGAUGCCAAGUUUGUCGACGUGAUACACACAGAUACAGGAGUAGGAGGACUGGGACUAGCUCGACCAUGUGGUCACGUGGACUUCUAUCCAAACGGUGGCGAUAACCAGCCUGGCUGUGUGACUUCGGGACACUUUACAGAUUUUCGUCCCGACAGACUGCUAUCAAACGUUCUUGGAGUACUUGGCUUCAAAAAGAAAUCAAAGUUCCCCAUCCAUUGGCAAUUUGCUUGCGACCACAUGAAAGUCAUCAACUUUUUUACAGACUCGAUAAACAACAAAUGUCCUCGUAAAGCAUAUAGAUGUAGAAGUUGGCAGGAAUUUUCAAAACUCAGAUGUUAUAAAUGUCAAGGCGCAUGUGCCGUGAUGGGAUAUGACGCUGACCAGUAUUACCGCGGUGACAUACCAAGGAAGUACUACUUGGUUACUAAGAAACACGAGCCUUUUUGUGGAGUCGAUUUCUUAGUUUAUCAUGUGACUUUAAAGGACUUACAAGUUGCUGUUCCACUUUUUGGUGGUUACGGCGAAGUUCAAGUUUUUCUAAUUGGAAAAGACAGGACUGCCAUUAGCACUCUUCCCAGUACCAAAGUCACUUACUACAUGAAGGAGAUGAAUGUCACUAUACCAACAACCAUUAACCCAGGAGAGCUGGGGUCAAUUGUUCUUAAAUACGCGGGAAACCUGGGGCUUUAUGUUAGACAGGUGACAGUUAAAGGGCCUAAGAACAAUUAUAGUGCCUUCUAUGGAAAAACGCUUCAUUCCGUUCAUGACAGUGCUGGUCGCAACCGAUACAAGACAUACAGAGCUCGUCUAAGGAAAGACGCAGCAACUCGCUCUACGUAGGAUGAUAACGUAAUCUUACGUAGCAGUACGUAAGAUUACGUAAGGUCAUCGCGUUUAUGUAAUGUCCACGCGAUUGAUAUAAACGUUCAAAACCACUGGCAUGGAAAGGAAUUAAUUAAGAUACCGUAGCUACAAGAUGAAGGAAUACGGCAUUAUCUUACGUUAAAGACGCAGGAUUUCGCUGUAAAUCUGAGUAGAAGAGGAGAUAUCAUAUUACAAACUAAUAUAAAAUAGAUUAACAAAAUUAAAGAAAUUAAUAGAAUUUAUUAUCAAAGAUUAAAUACUUGUCACAUUUAUUUCUUGAGUUUACUUUCUACUGGUUUGUAAUUACAAAAAAGUAUCAAAUAAAAAUGUUUAUCCUUUA